GGAGGAGUUAGUCUCGUGUAAAGGCAAGCAUAUGUCCGGAUGUUAGAAAACUCACAGAUUUUCUUCUAGCAACUAGAGGAGUUGAGAAGAGGACAGGGAGCGGUGCCUGCCCGCACAUGAUGUGGCUGACUCUUAUUUACAGUUGCAUCGGUGGAGCAGCUCUUCUGUAUGCCUUGUACAGAUGGGUGAUCCCCGCCGCUGUGCAAUAUCAUGGAGGAUUGGCGCUGAUUUGGCAUGAUGUCAUUGUGGAGCGGAUGCUGGACACACUGACCCAGUCAACUCGUCCUCAGCGGCUCCUGAAUGCAGUACAGAAGAAGGCCACUAGAGGAGACCCUCGCAGCGUGGUCAAAGCCAUCGAUGACUUCUGCAGACACAAGGAGUGGGCCAUGAAUGUGGGGGAUGAGAAGGGCUGCAUUCUUGACUCUGUGGUGUCUGAGAUAAACCCAGCCACUGUGUUGGAGCUGGGAACCUACUGUGGCUACUCCACGGUGCGGAUCGCCCGCCUGCUUCCCCCUCACGCCAAACUCAUCACUCUUGAAUUUAACCCUGACUUUGCUGCAAUUGCCCGUCAGGUCAUUGCGUGGGCAGGACUAGAGGAAAAGGUCCAGUUAGUCGAAGGUGCAUCUGGUGACUGGAUCCCCAAGAUGAAGGAGCAGUUCGGGAUUACAACAUUUGACCUGGUUUUCCUGGAUCACUGGAAGGAUCGCUACCUCCCUGACACAAAAUUGAUGGAGGAGUGUGGCCUGCUCAGGAAAGGCAGCGUCCUGCUGGCCGACAACGUCAUCUGCCCUGGAACUCCUGACUACCUGGAGUACAUCCGCAGCAGCCCGCGAUACGAGAGCCGGUACUUCAAAUCUCACCUGGAGUACACCAAAGUGGAGGAUGGCUUGGAGAAGUCUGUCUUCAAAGGGUAGUUUUUAACAAAUAGAGUCAUGUUUUACCCAGGUACUAAUAAACCUCAGACCUCUGUUGUCUUGGGUUCACUGAGCAGACUUAAAAUCAGGAGUUAAAUCUUUCUAACAUGUCAUAGAGAGUGUUAACUUGAAAUAAAAAGGAAACGUGAGGGGAAAACAAA